UGAAACCAUUUAAAUAUGAAGAUGAUGAACUACACAGUAAACCAGCAGCACCUGCGAGAACAGACAAGCCACUCAUGGUAUAUGACCACUGACAUGGCAGAUGACCAGAGAAAAGAACCAGGCGUUGUGAUUGAUGAUGGUUGGCCAGGUUAUGAUUUAGACCUGUUCAACUAUCCUGAGCAUUACCAUGGUGACCUGGAAUGUGUAUACAUCCCUCAUGGUGUUAUUAUGAACAGGAUUGAGUGUCUGGCUAGAGACAUCCUGGAAGACCUCGAACAUCAGGACAUGAUUCUUCUGUGUGUUCUGAAGGGAGGAUACAAGUUCUGUUCUGAUCUGGUGGAGUCCAUCAAAGUUCAGAGUAGCAGCGCCAACAGAAUACUGACCACCAGAGUUGAGUUCAUCCGCUUCAAGAGCUAUCUGAAUGACCAGUCCACUGAAGAUCUGCAUAUUAUUGGACCAGAGGAUUUGUCCAUGCUGAAAGGGAAGAAUGUCUUGAUUGUGGAGGCAAUAGUGGACACUGGAAAGACCAUGAGAGCACUUCAACAGCAUGUGGAGUCUUUCCAGCCCAAACUGGUUAAAGUUGCUGGGCUGCUGGUGAAGAGGCUUCCUCAUGGGGCGGCAACACUCCCAGACUAUGUUGGAUUUGUCAUUCCCAAUCGUUUUGUGGUGGGUUACGCUCUGGACUACAAUGAGUACUUCAGAGACCUCAAUCACAUCUGCGUCAUCAGUGAGACAGGCAAACUGAAAUAUAAAGUGUGAGAAAACUCCUUUCAAGUGGAAUGGACAGUUAUAUGACCGUAAAAGAUGUACACCCCAUUCUGACUUCAGAUUCUGCAGCUGACAUGCUGAAUAAUUUUUGAAAUAUUAUAUUAUGGGUUUUGUAUGUAUUGGGUAAAGUUGGAGGGCAAUACUAACGUGAUAUGAUGCAAAAAAACAGACUUACUGUGUUCAAUAUGAUAUAUCUUUUUUUUUAGUCCUUCCUCCUGGGAGCCAGCAAUUCAUUUGAUUUUGUGAAUUUCUCUGAGGCCAUACAUGCCACAGUUUUAAGUCUCAGUGCAUCUUAAGCUGUUCUGCUCACGUUACACAACAAUCGUUCUUGUCAUCAGACAUGUUGUUGUUGUAUAGUGCACAUACUACAUGACAGAGUAGACAAGGUGCACAAAUGACCUCUUAAAGGUCUUUGGCCAAGAGGUAUCUCUGACCAAGAGCAAAAAUAUAAAUAAAAUAAAUAAUAAUGUUUCAAAUACACAUGAGAAACAGACAGUAGUUCACAGGAAAUUAACAGUUGGAUGGUUUAAGUCAGAGUUAGAUUUUUUUUGUUUAUUUUCUUAUUUUUAUUUGUAAAUUUUUGAGUAAUUUCACCUCUAUGAAAACAUGUUGUAUCUUUAUGUAAAAGUAAAUUUUGUACUUGGGUCAUUGACAAGUAAGAUUUAUAAAAUCUAUAACAAGGUUAUAAAAACCAGAAAUCUUUUACAAAUCUAGUUUAAAACACACGUCAAGUUGGUAAUAUUUGUUUUCAAGUUGAUUUCAUCCAGUUUUUGAAAACAUUUAUAGCAUUUUCUAUAAAAUAAAUAAAUAAAUAAAUAAAAAUACAUAUGUAAAGUGGUGUAACCAUCAAGUAAAGGUAUUAAAAUACCUGUAAUUUUACCUUAAUACUAACCAUAACUGAAGUUUUCAAACAUAUUUUUCAAGGUAAUUUGUUUUUUUUAUAUAUGAAUUUUUGAGUUGCAAAUAUCAAUAAAUGUUCUUAGGGUUACUUUAUUUGACCUGAACAAAAUAUGCCUUUACAUAAAAAUCUAAAAACAAUUGUGAUAUAAUUAUUAUUAUUUGUAAAAAAAAUUUUUUGUUUUUUUUCUCAUUACAACAAAAUUACUACCUGCAUGAUGGUUAUUCCACCUGAAUUUUAUUUGGUGGACAAAAGCUUUUCAAGUAUUAAAAAUAUUUUUAAAACAGAAUUGUUUGACUGAUUUUUAUUAUCAUUUAAAUACAAAUAAUGAUCAUUUAAAAAAAUAAUAAUAAAAUAUUUAAUAAACUACUUAAGCCAACAUUUC